AUGCGGUGCCCGCCCCUAAACUUUAUUGCUUUACAUUAUGCCUACAUCUUUGUCAUGGGACUGUUGUCCAUACCGUUUCUGUACUUGUACGGGAACAUAUCUGCCAUCGAUGCCUACUUUAUGGGUUCGAGUACAUCAACUGAGUCUGGACUCAACGUUGUCAAUCUGAAUGAGCUGAAGCUAUAUCAACAGUUAUACCUGUACUUUGCGACUCUAUUUACACAGAUGGGUUUUGUGAACAUCUUGCUAGUCGUUGUGCGGCUCUACUGGUUCAACAAACACCUUGAUAACUUUGGCCCUGCUUUCCUUCAUGCCCGGAGAAGUGGCCCAGACUCUCAGGAAGACGCUCGCUUGGAAUACGGAGAAUCCAAAGCAACAUCACCAGGCACGGAUGUGGUAGCAGAAACCGGAACCUCUGGCAAACUGACCGGUCCGAGAUUAAAAAGCAAAGAAGAGACCACAAGAUAUGGAGGAGACAACCACCGCCAACAUCGCCUUCAGACCCUGGGCCCCCUUCGGGAGUCAAGAUCUAUAGACCGGGCCGCCGCUCUCGCAUCGUCCAUUUUUGUUAUUGGCAGGGAGCCGACGCCUUCUCUAAUCUCUAGAGAGCUCACAAGGCGUCGUCGAGCAUCCGACGACAUGCCAUACUUGUCCACUGGCGCAAGCAUUGGACGAAACUCGCGGUUCUAUAAUUUGACCAGGCAAGAUCGCAGCGAGCUGGGGGGUAUCGAGUACAGGAGUCUUAAACUGUUGCUCAAAAUAGUCGUCGCCUACUAUUUCGGCGUCCAUCUAAUCGGAGCCAUCGGCCUGGUGGCCUGGAUCCUGCAUGCCGAUUCCAAGUAUGCCGCGCAUCUUGACGAAUUCGCGCAGGACAAAAUCUGGUGGGCCUUUUACACGUCUCAAACUGCCGUUUGCAACCUAGGAUUCACCCUCACGCCCGAUUCAAUGGUGUUCUUUCAAGACUCACCCUGGGUAAUGUUCUGGCUCAGUCUUCUCACGUUUGCCGGCAACACGCUGUACCCGGUCUUCCUACGAUUCAUCUUGUGGACCAUGUCCAAGGUUACGCCCCGAGGCUCCUCGAUCCAGGAACCUCUUCAGUUCUUGCUCACUCACCCUCGCCGUUGCUACGCGCUCCUGUUUCCCGGCGGAACCACAUGGGCGCUGUUCGGCAUCAUUAUCGGCCUCAACUUCCUCGGCACUCUUAUCCUCCUCGUGCUGGAUCUGCAUAACCCGGAAUUCACACACUUGACCCUGGCCCAGCGAGUGGCCGCGGCCUUCUUCCAAUCCGCCGCGGCGCGACACACCGGCGCAGCCUCAUUUACUCUGUCGAAUCUAAGCCCCGGUGCGCAAUUCACUCUCCUGGUCAUGAUGUAUAUCUCCGCAUUCCCCAUCGCCAUGAGCAUUCGUUCCUCCAACAUCUACGAAGAGAAGUCGCUUGGGUAUUACGCGCAGGACCCGACGUACAACGAAGACAGAGGAGCGUCGUAUUUACUCCAGCACAUGCAGAAGCAGCUCGGUUUUGACCUGUGGUACAUUUUUUUGGGGUUGUUUUGUUUGAGUGUCUCUGAGGCGAGUAAACUUGCGGAUCCCAGUGAGCCGGCUUUUUCAUUCUUUGCCAUAUUCUUUGAAGUGGUUUCGGCGUACGGUGGUGUUGGCUUAACCAUGGGCUACCCCGACAUUACUUCAGCCUUGUCGACAGAGUUUUCUACGUUUGGAAAGGUCGUCAUGUGUGCCAUGAUGCUUCGUGGCCGGCAUCGAGGGAUGCCCUAUGGUUUGGACAGGGCCAUCAUGCUCCCCGUCGAGCGGCUUGUGGAGCAUUCUGCAUAA